CGCGUCUUCAGGAAGCAAACGAGCAGCUCAGAGUAGGCAAUUGAUCCUCAUGAACUUUGUAGAAUGCAACGCUGCAAGCAUUGGCAUAUGCAUGACAGCUACUUGUCGGUUGCGGCCUGGGGACAGUAAACGCCUGUGGCGUCCUUCCCCGCGUAAAGUUACUGGCGGUUGUAAUUCCCCUGCCAAGUUGAUGGGUGGUGUGACCUCUCUCAGCUCUGCUUUGAGGUAUUGACAAGACCUCCCAGGUUCUCCGCGUUUGGAUUGUAGGAGGGAUCAGCGGUCUUGGUUAAGGGAUCAGAGAGUCAUGAUGCUCACUGUUCAUAAGCGAGAUGCCCAUCGUUUCACCGUCUCGUCUCCCUCGAAAUUUUCCAUCAGAUUCGUAGGGAAGCUUUUCCAGCAUCUGACGAUCGCAACGUGCUGGUUGGCCGUGAUAGCUCCCCAAGGGAACUGUCGCUGACAGCAAAACAGAGGCGAAUGGGAACGCCACUUUUGUCAUGGCCUGGUUGGCUAUGCUCCAAAGAGGAUGUCCGGCAAAAGCUUAUGCAUUGACGCAUCUAUUGGCCAGUUCGCUUGCAGCUCAACAGUGACGAUGGGUGAUUGACUUCCCUCCCGUGGCACGCGAGAUCAAGCCCUGGCUUGGUCGAGGCAUCCCUAGCUCAGACAGAGUAGCACUCGCUCUUACCUUUUGCUGCAAGAGGAGAGGAAAGGUCCAUGGAUCGACGUGAACUGGCCUGAUCUCUCCUCCUCUCACAAGAUAUAAACUCAUCUGCUCCCCUCCACUUGGCUAAGUUCCUUUCUCUGUUAAACUACCUACACUAUACACCAAACACUGCUGCCGGACCAUAACAGCGAAGGACAUAUAUUCAAAUCCACCAAUCACCCCAGUGCUCACUCCAAUCACUCCAAAUAACCGUUACCAUGGAUUCCGGUGCUCCUCAGACUGCUCCUACUGGCAACGUCAGCGGCCGUCGCCGAAGCUCAGGCUUCAUGCCAGCCUUCGCCAGCCUCAGCGAACAGAAGCGAGCCGGCGAUGCCAACGCCGCCCGUCGUGCGAGUAUGUCGGACCAACAAGCAAAGGGUGGCUUGUUCAGCCAGUUCUUCCACAACAACUUCGGCAAGAACGCUGCUAAAUAAAUGAAAUGAGAAGAUGACAAAUUGAAGGCAUUGGCACUGUAUUAUUAGUAUCAUGAUGGCGGAUUGCAGGGUGUUUGGGCCGUCUAGUGUUGUUUUGUUCGCGAUUGGUAAUUAGGCUACGGAGAUGCGAAGCCAGUUUAAAUCUUGGAAUAGCACAGCAGAACGAAGUAAUGUGAUCCAACUUACUGCAUUCCUACUUUGUGAAGAAUGUUUCGUGAUCUGCACGUAUAAACCAGAGAUCCAUGCUUCGAGUUUGGUAUAGGAGUUGUGCCAUGCAAUUACACAUUGAAGUAAAUCGUGUUAUUCUCCAAAUCGGAACUGAUCCUUCUGGUGAAGAUAUUUUUACCGUGAGAUGCUGGUUCAG